AUGAACCUCGAGCUCCAGGACAUAGCUGCCAAUUGGCUUCGGGGCUUUGGUCUCGCAGCAUUCUCUCACGACGUCUCAAAGCUCGUCGAUACAUUCCUUCCCCACGGAUGGCUCCGUGAUGCUCUUGUGUUCACUUGGGACACUCGAUCCUUGGACGGCCGCGACACGAUAACAGCGUACCUCCGCGACACGCUGGCCGCCGUUCAUUUGUCCAAUUUCAAACUCGAUGAGAGGCCUGGGCUGUGUGCAGAGUAUGCCCUCAAUGGCAGCGCCGUCGCCGCGGGAUUUGCGUUUGAGAUGCCUGAUCGUCUCGGUCACGGAUACGUGUACCUGCAGCCAGAUGAGGCCACGGGCGAUUGGAAGGCGCUAUCUGUUUUCAUGAAUCUAGAGGAAAUCAAGGGUCACGAAGAGGCAGGGCCCGAACCAGGUGUUUAUGGGGGACACACGUUGGCCUGGGAGGAGGUGAACGGCGCUCGUCGAGCGCGGAUUGAGAGCGAUCCGCAUGUCCUUAUCAUGGGUGGUGGCCAAACUGGACUGCAGAUCGCGGCGCGCUUCAAGCAGAUGAACAUCCCGACGAUUGUCAUAGAGAAGCACAAAACGAUAGGUGACCAAUGGCGCCAGCGCUACCCAACUCUAUCACUGCAUACAACGCGCAACCAUCAUACAUUUCUGUAUCAGCCUUAUCCACGCAAUUGGCCGCUGUUCACACCUAGGGACAAAGUCGCUGACUGGCUCAAGCAGUAUGCUGAAUCGCAGGACCUCGUCGUGUGGACGAACUCGCAGAUCUUGCCAACCCCUACAUAUGACCCUCAGAGGAAGAGGUGGGAUGUUGUUGUCAACAGAGACGGUGUCAACGUCCGUUUACGCCCCGCACAUAUCGUGAUCGCUAUCGGGACGCUCGGUGCACCACGAGUUCCGCAGAUCCCGGGACAAGGGAGCUUUAAAGGCACAGUAAUGCACGCUAGCUCCUACAUGGGCGGAGAGCCAUUUGCGGGGAAGCGCGCCGUUGUGAUCGGAGCAGGGAACACGUCUGCGGAUAUUUGCCAAGACCUCGCCUUCCGCGGCGCAGAGACUGUGACCAUGCUUCAGCGCUCAUCGACCUGCGUGGUAUCGAUAAAGUCCGUGACUCAGGCUAUGUUUCGAAACUAUCCAGAUGGCAUGCCGUCGGAAGUGUGCGAUCUGCGUUUCAACGCGAUGCCAUUGAACCUGCAAAGGCGCAUGGCGCGCGCCCAAGAAGCGCAGAGGUGGGAACAAGAGAGAGAACUACAUGCAAAAUUUAAAGGAAGCGGACUGAAGUUGAACAUGGGUAAAGACGGGACCGGGCAGCAUUUCUUGGUCUAUGAGCGUAUUGGCGGAUAUUGGAUUGAUGUCGGUCUUGCCGACAUGGUGGAAUCAGGAAGAGUAAAGAUUAAGCAAGGCGUCGAGCUUAGCCGAUUCGAGGAGGACAGACUGAUGUUCACCGAUGGAACCGAACUCCUUGCGGAUCUUGUCGUGUUCGCCACGGGAUACACAGAUCCGCGCGAGAGCUUGAGGGAUCUCUUUGGUGCCGAGCUAAUUGACCGAACCAAACCCCUUUGGGAUCUUGAUGAGGAGGGCGAGGUCCAGGGAUGUUAUAGACCAACAGGCCAUCCAGGGCUGUGGUACGGCGCUGGAGACUUCACGAUGUCACGAUUCUUGUCGAAACAGCUUGCACUCCAAAUUAAGGCCAUACAAAUAGGCAUGAUUCCACAGGUUGCGUGA